AUGGAAAGGAUGUUCGCGAAGCCGCUUGUGGACAGUCUGGAAGGGCACAUCGAUGCUGUUGAGGUCCUGUACAGGCGACCUGGCUUCCUAACAGGUGUGGCCAGUGGAAGCUGGGAUGGAGGAAUAAUCCUCCACAAUCUUGCAACCCGAAAACCGAUCGCCAAAAUUCCCCAGGCGCACAAGGGAAAGCGUCAGGGCUAUGCUUCUCUCCGGAUGGUCAAAGGCUUCUUAGCUGCGGUGUCGAUCGUAACGUGA